CAGGGCGAGGUUGUUGUGCCGGGUGGCGGCGAACAUCACGCGACGCAGAUCCGCGCAGACGUGCCGAAGGAGGAGCGCCGUGCUCUUUAAGAUCUGGGCCGGCUGCGGUGGGAGAACGACUGGUCGGGCGCACGUCAUAGUCAUCUCCCUGCUCUCGUUGUCUCACUCCUUCUUUUGUUCUCCGUUUUUAAAACUAAGAGACAAUUCGGCGGUGACCUGACAUUUUUCAAAGGGGACCCUAGAGAAACGACGAAUAAAAGAUGUUUGAAACGGAACAAAUCCUGCUGGUUCUGCUGGAUAUACUCUGCCUUGGAUUGGCUGGACUCCCAUUUGCAAUACUCACGUCCCAACACAAUACAUUCAAAAGAGGAUUUUUCUGUAGCGAUGACUCAAUCAGGUACCCCUUUAAGGAAGACACCAUCUCCUACCAGUUGUUGGGGGGAGUGAUGAUUCCAUUCACAUUAAUUGUUCUCGUGUGUGGGGAGUGUCUCCUUGUCACUCAGAGUCACCCAAAUCAACAAGUGAAUUCCCAGUCCUCGCUCCUUUGCUGUUACCUGAGAGCCAUCUAUAAAGCCCUGGGCAGCUUCGUGUUCGGUUUGGCCAUGAGCCAGUCCCUCACCGACAUCGCCAAGUAUUCCAUUGGCCGACUGAGGCCACACUUCCUGGCGGUGUGCCAACCUGCCCUGGGCCCCGAUGACUGCAUUUCGGGUCGAUACAUUGAAAAUGCCACGUGCAUGGGGGACGAGAGCUUGGUUAACGAGGCCAGGGUGUCCUUCUACUCGGGCCACUCGUCCUUCUCCAUGUACUGCAUGGUGUUUCUCGCUCUGUAUCUGCAAGCUAGACUCCAGAAGAAGUGGGCGAGGCUCCUUCGGCCUAUGCUGCAGUUCUUCCUGAUCUCUGCCUCAGUCUAUGUGGGCCUGACGCGCGUGUCUGACUACAUGCACCACUGGAGCGACGUCCUCACAGGGCUCCUGCAGGGGGCGCUAGUUGCAGUGCUCAUAGUGUUUUUCGUGUCGGACUUCUUCAAGAAGCCAGCGGCGUUUCAGAAAGAGCCGGAGCUCUCGCAGUCUAGUUUACAGGAAACGCCUGUCAAUGGAAACCAUUACCAUAGCACCCACUAAGAUGAGGUGAACUUAAAGAGCAAGGCGGAUUGGAAGCAGGAAGUAUGGGGGUGGGGGGUGUGCCGUUCUGGGGGUGACUGACAGCAGGGUUACAUUACUCAACGUUGCCUUGGCUGGCCUGUGGCUGCUGCUGCUGAUGUCAGCAGUCCUCAUGAUGUCAGUGCUGAUGUCAGCAGUCCUCAUGAUGUCAGUGCUGAUGUCAGCAGUCCUCAUGAUGUCAGUGCUGAUGUCAGCAGACCUCAUGAUGUCAGUGCUGAUGUCAGCGCUAAUAUACAAAUACAGUAAGAGCAUGUUCUAGGCAUGAAGGAAAUUAAUCACCGUUAAAGCUUUUAUACUCAUAUCAAAGAAUUUAAAAAGGGGGGGAAAGUUAGCAUUGGCAUAUGCAUCGUUUUACUAGGUUUUUGGGGUGGAGGACUUUAGCAACAGAAAUAAGGCAAGACCCUGACUUAUUUUGAAACAAAUGCCCACUUACGUAUUGUAACGUGAGGCCUUAAAGAUGCUUAGUCAUGAUGUUUUGAGAGGAACUAGCCUGACCCGUGUUGAAGGGAACAACACCACCAUUCAUGUAAAACCUUCCCGGUCUAUUACUGCUUAAACAACCAUUUAAAAAUUUCGAAGGCAGUGCUGGUUAAGUGAUAUACAACACCCAUGCUAGCAAUGGCUAACACUUAAAAAAAAAUGCUAUUAUUAAAUUUUCCUGGCCUGCUUCUCUGUAUGAGUGCUAUGUUCAGUGCUAAAGGUCUCCGUUCCAGAAGAAUUCACAGGGACAGACAUUCCGUAUGGAAUAUUUGUAAAGAAAAGCAAAAGUAAUGCCCAUACAAUUCCACUUCCUUCACAAAAUUCUGUUGCGGUCAAAUAAAUCAUUCAUUUUUAGAGAUGAUGUAAUAGGUAAAUUUUUACCUACAACUGUUGCUUUUGAUAAGGAAGUAAAAUUGCGGGUCUAGGAAGGCCUUUUUAUGAAUCGUGUUAUGAAUGAACAAUGUAAAGGAAGGUCUUAACAAUACAUCAUGUUUUAUGGAGGGGAACAUCAUUGUGCCGAAGUUUUGGUUUAAAAUUUUAUGUAUGUUUUAUGUAAAAUGUAAUUGCUGAUUUGUGUGUUUGAUUAUUAUAAAUAAAUAUAUAUAUAUAUAUCUGAAACCUA